CUCGUAUAAAUCCCGCGGAAACGAAGGAAAGCCGUUUCAGAAAGAGCCUCCCACACCCCGUCCAUUUCAAGCCCUACUUUUCUCCCUUCCAUUUUUUCUUCCUUCCUUCCUUCCUAUAUUGUGAUCAGAGACACCAGGACCAGCAGCAUUUUCAAUCUCCCCAAUUACCUAACAACUCCGAUCAUCAAUAAUGGCCGUCUCCGAUCACGAUCGUCAUCGCCGGUCCCUCAUCCCCAGCUUCCUCUACUCCUCCCCCGCCUCCACCACCAAGCUUCUCGAUUUCGAUCCUUUGAUUCGUGAAUCUCCCACCCGCGUAUCCUUCGAUCCGAAGAGGUUCGCGAUCCCUGCCCCGAGCGAGAAGAUAGCCAUGUACUCGCCCGCUUUCUACGCUGCCUGUACAGCCGGCGGUAUUUUCAGCUGCGGCCUCACUCACAUGGCCGUCACUCCUCUCGAUCUAGUGAAAUGCAAUAUGCAGAUAAACCCAGCCAAGUACAAGAGCAUUACAUCGGGGUUCGGAGUGUUGCUGAAAGAGCAAGGGGUGAAAGGCUUCUUCAGGGGAUGGGUGCCCACGCUGCUGGGUUACAGCGCUCAAGGCGCCUGCAAAUUCGGCUUCUACGAGUUCUUCAAAAAGUACUACUCGGACUUGGCCGGGCCCGAGUUCGCGGCCAAGUACAAGACGUUGAUCUACUUAGCCGGUUCUGCAUCUGCUGAGGUGAUCGCCGAUGUGGCGCUCUGCCCCUUGGAGGCAGUGAAGGUUCGCGUCCAAACCCAGCCUGGCUUUGCCCGCGGUUUGUCUGAUGGACUCCCCAAGUUUGUCAAGGCAGAAGGCGUUGCUGGAUUGUACAAAGGGCUUGUUCCUCUUUGGGGUCGCCAGAUUCCAUACACGAUGAUGAAGUUUGCAUCAUUUGAGAAGAUCGUGGAGCUAAUAUACAAGCAUGCCAUCCCGACCCCCAAGGAGCAGUGCAGUAAGAACUUGCAGCUAGGGGUCAGCUUCGCUGGUGGAUACGUCGCAGGUGUCUUCUGUGCUAUAGUCUCGCACCCUGCUGACAAUCUGGUUUCUUUCCUCAACAACGCCAAGGGUGCAACGGCUGGCGAUGCGGUUAAGCAGCUGGGGCUAUGGGGGCUUUUCACCCGUGGGCUUCCUCUCCGAAUCGUCAUGAUUGGAACCCUCACAGGGGCGCAAUGGGGCAUCUACGAUGCGUUCAAAGUGUUUGUGGGACUCCCAACUACAGGUGGAGCUGCCCCUCCUGCUGCUGCUGCUGCCAUAAAAAAUUGAAGAACAACAGAGAGAGAGAGAGUUCAUCAUGUGGCGAACUCGACGAGAUUAUUAUCAAUUUUUUUAAGUAGCGAGUUCAGAUGGUCAAAUAAUAGUAGCUUAGAUUUUGGCUCCCAAUAAUUGCACCACACCUCCUUUUUACUGUUCUUCAGAAACAUCACCGCAUUACAGAUUCUUUUGAAACAAACACGCUUUUUGUAUCCCCGUUCAAGUUUUGUCCCACAGGUAGUAAUUUCCAUUUUGCUUGUCCCUCUAUUUCAUUUACUAUUGUUGGUAAACCCUAGCCGUUUACAAAGGCAUGAUAUUAUCUAUGUUGGUUUGGUGACAGAAACUAUGACAUUUUGAAUAUUAGUUCUUUUUAUUAUUGUAGAGUUCCCGUUUCUCUAAG